CUCCAGUCUAUAAAUAUGACAUUUAUUAGCUACGACCUGCCUACCGUUAAAUAAAGACCAAACAAAUUGACACUAUCUUUACAAUCAACCCGACAAUGGCCCAGUCCAAAUGCACUACAAAACCAUCCCUGGUGUUUACCGUCACAAGACAGGCCCCCGAGUAUAUUUCUCCGGCGAAACUGACCCCGUACGAGUUCAAGGAACUUUCCGAUAUCGACGAUCAGGGAUCCUUACGCUUCCAUAUUCCGAUAAUUCAGAUUUACCGGAAUGAUGAAACUUCCGGUGGGGCCUUACGAGGGCAGGACCCAGCUAAGGUGUUGAAGGAGGCGGUUUCGAAGGCGUUGGUGUUUUAUUACCCCUUGGCUGGGCGGUUAAGGGAGAAAGCAGGGGGGAAGUUGGUGGUGGAGUGUAAUGGUGAAGGAAUAUUGUUCAUUGAGGCAUAUGCUGAUGUUACUCUUCAUGAGUUUGGGGAUAAUCUUGUGCCUCCUUUUCCUUGUUUGGAUGAACUUCUUUUUGAUGUUCCUGGUUCAACUGAGCUUUUGGAUACUCCUUUGAUGCUAAUUCAGGUGACGAAACUGAAAUGUGGUGGAUUUAUAGUAGGGUUGCGAUAUAAUCACACAUUUGCCGAUGCUCCAGGCCUAGUCCUAUUAAUGAAUGCAAUAGCCGAGCUUGCUCCCGGGUUGCAAUCGCCUUCAACCUUGCCGGUGUGGGAUCGUCACAUUUUUAGCGCUCGAACGACACCUCAAGUCACCUAUCACCACCACGAAUAUGAUGUCGUAUCAGACCUUGAUGGCACCACUACUAUUCCAACGGAUGAACCGGUACACAAGUCUUUCUUCUUUGGACCCAAGGAAAUUGUUGCUCUAAGACGGUUCUUACCGGCACACCAAAAAGCAACCACAUUCGAACUCCUAAGCGCAUUUCUUUGGCGAUGCCGUACAAUUGCCUUACGACCCGACGCAGAAGAACUUGUUCGAUUCAUAUGCCUCUCCAAUUUUCGAUACCGAUUCCCCCACCUUUUUCCAUCAGGCUAUUACGGUAACGGGUUCGGGCUUCCGGUAGCCAUAUCCACAGCCAGCAAGCUUACGGGAAACCCAAUUGAGUACGCUGUAAACCUUGUACAAAAAGCUAAGGAAGCCGUCACACCAGAGUUCGUCAACUCACUACCUGAUUUCCUCGUACUGAAUAAUAGGCCAUGUUUCACUGCGCAGGGAGCUUUCCUUGUUUCGGAUGUAACUAAAGCCGGGCUUGAGAAUGUGGAUUACGGGUGGGGUUUACCCGUUUAUAGCGGACCCGCCAAAGCUGGAUUCGGGAAUAUGAUGCCUAUUUCAUUCAAUGUUGCAUUUAAGAAUGAAAAAGGGGAAAAAGGGAUUUUGGUUCUCAUUUGUUUGCCUGAAGAUGCUAUGCAAAUUUUUGUGAAGGAGAUAAAUGGAUUAUUGGGUAAGGGUUCUCCACCUUUUUACAUGUCUUCGUCUUUAUGAGGCUCAAAAUGCAAUUCUAGUAGGGCUCAUAUAGGAAUAAAAUUAUGUACCAAAUCUAUAGUUGUUCCUGUUUGGUUUGUGGGACAAUUAAUUAAGAAUUUAAUUCUUUUUUUUUUGAUUAAUCUAGGAUUAAAUGCUGGUGGGAGUCUAUCUUUGCUGUCUUGACAAGCUAUGCAAUAAGAUCUCCUAAGAAAAAAAUUGUUCUUGUUAAAUGCAGCAAGGGGUUAGCAGGCAACUCCACUAAGGAUGCACACGGUUCGGUCUGGUCUGGUUUGAUACAAAAAUUAGACCAGUCUAGAAAUUCCGAUCUGGAAAAUUUUCUUACCAUACUAGACCAGUCAAAACACCAGACCGGACCGGACCCAACCGUUUUAUAACGGUCUAGUCCGGUCUGGUCUACGGUUUUUCUUUUUAAUGCAUUUUUUAAGUUAAGAAUUUAAGAUAAUGUAUUCAUCUCUAGGUAUAUAAAUAUUAAUAUAUAUUCCGAGUCUUUCAUUGAGUCUACGAAAGUCUUUAAUAUAAAUACAAAAUGUCUAGUAGUGUUUUAAGUCUUCAAGUCUUCAACGACAAUUAGCACUUGUUUCGGUAAAAUGAGAAGAAAAAUUAAUUUAGUGAAGAAAGUGAGAAUACAAGAAGAAAAAUUGAUUCAAUGAAGUGAGAGGAAGGCGCCGCAAAUCGCAAGUAGAGAAAAAUGAUGACAAAAAUGAGGUUUAAUUUAAUUUUUCAACCUAAAAAUAUAAUACAAUUCUUAAACAUCGCCACCCCUAUUUUUAAUGAAUUUAUGAUUUUUCCCCUAGAUUUAAAAUUUCUUAUAUAUACUAAAACCUCACUAAAUAGCACCCUUAUCACUUUUAAAACACUAAAUUACAACAUAAAAUUUGUAAAGCAAAAGCUAAGAAAUUCAAAAGCAAGCAAUUAAUCGAGAUAAUUUUUAUUUGAAUUUAAUUAAAUUAAAUUAAAAAAAUAAAUUAAGGCACGCGACUCACCUGCCGUCGA